AUGGCCGACCUGCGAAGCUCCAACGAUGACGAUGCCGUGCCGCAUUCUCAGCAGCACCAACAAGACAGGCCCAUUAGCUUGCCUAUCGACGAGCCCAGAUCCUCACAACAAGACGCUGAGGCCACUGGCCCCGAGAACAGCUCAGAUGGCAAACAGAGCGCCGAGGCUCAGGGUCAUGACAUCGAGGCGUCGGAGCAGGGACCUGGACCGUCGACGGCACCUCCAGCAACUGUUUCCGGGACCGAAGAGCAAGCCAGGCCAGCCGUCGAUCCAACCGUGACGAAGCAUGUCAACGAUGUCAUGGCUUCAGAGCUGGGCAUCCCGACCCUGUUGAACCGACUCAAGCAAAGCGUAGCCUCGGCCAAGGAAUUCGCCCUGUUCCUCAAGAAGCGCUCCGUCCUCGAAGACGACCACGCCCAGAGCCUUCGCAAAUUGUGUCGGCUAACUCAGGACAAUGCGCGCCGGCCCGAACAUCGCCAGGGCACCUUCUCCAAGUCUUACGACGAGAUGGUCUUUAUUCACGAUCGCAUGGCCGAGAACGGAUCACAAUUUGCCGCUUCACUCCACCAGAUGCAAGAAGACUUGCUGGAAUUGGUGGCAAAUGGCGAACGAGGGCGCAAAAUGUGGAAGGCAAACGGCCUGGCUGCCGAGCAAAAGGUAGCCGACUUGGAGCAGGUGUUGCGCAAGAGCAAGGCCAAAUACGAUUCUCUGGCUGAGGAAUAUGACCGUGCGAGGACCGGCGAGGCCAGGCAAAGCGGAAAGGUGCUCGGCGCAUUCAAAGCGCACAAGUCUCCAGCACAACAAGAAGAGGAUUUGUUGAGAAAGGUUCAGGCGGCUGAUCAAACGUAUUCGGGCCACGUUCAGUCAUUGCAGGCCGAAAAGGCUCAUCUUGAGAAGUCUGCUCGUCCCGAGGCCGUCAAGGCCCUGCGUGAGCUCAUCUCCGAGACCGACUCGGCUGUGACACUGCAGAUGCAAAAGUUUGCCGCCUUCAACGAGAAGCUCCUCCUCGGAAACGGGCUGAUUGUCAGCCCCUUCAAGAUCCAAGGCGCCCAAGGAGCUGGCCAGCCGCGAAGUUUGCGCCAGGCAGUUGCCGCCAUUGAUAACGAGAAGGACUUCAACGACUUUGUUGCUGGCCAGCAUACCAGGAUCCAGCCCUACACGGAGGUCAAAUAUGAGCGCAAUCCGAUUUUGAUCUCCAAUCCAUCGUCCGUCAGCCACCCUCUGCCCCAGAGUAUGCACACUAUCCAGUCAGUUGGAACAUCUGGGCCGCCUCCUCCAGAAGGCCCGAACUCCUUCGGUCCAGGCUCAAGAAGCAGCGUCGGCAAUUUUGGUCCCAUGGGAAGCCUUAUUUCAUCACAGGGCCCUUCUGCAUCGCAAGGUGGCAAGCCUGAUUCCAACCGCCCGUAUGCCCAAACUCACGGCCGCAGCUUCAGCCAGGGCAACAUGCUGAGCCAGCAGGUCUCUGCCUUGCAGCAAUUCGCGAGCAGGAACUCUGCCCAACCGGCGCCGAGAUACAGUAACACCACCAGCUCGCAAGGACCGCCGCAACUUGGUGCUUUGCCCUUCCAGGGCUCACAACCAUCUCCACAAUCCUCGACACCGCCUCAGGGAACUCCGUUUCAGCCUCCAACGGAUCCUCGCAGCAGUGGCCCUGCAUACGGUGGUGUGCCCCCUCCCGCCUAUGCCCCGACACCUGGGAACAACCAGUCUGCUGCAACCACAAACGCAAAGCUCGUAUUUGGUGUGUCACUGAACCGCCUGUAUGAGAGAGACGGUCUGGCCGUGCCGAUGGUGGUAUAUCAGUGCAUCCAGGCUGUGGAUCUCUUCGGCCUGGGUGUUGAGGGUAUCUACAGACAAUCGGGCUCAGUAACCCACAUCAGCAAGCUCAAGGGCAUGUUUGAUGCAGGCAAGUCCCAACACUAUUCAUCCGACCCCGCUCUGGACUUUAGAAACCCUGAAAACUUCUAUCACGACGUAAACAGUGUGACUGGCCUCCUGAAGCAGUUUUUCCGCGAUCUCCCGGAUCCCCUCCUGACAGCAGAACACCAUGAUGCCUUUGUCAAUGCAGCCAAAAACGAAGACGACGUUGUGCGCCGCGACUCUCUCCACGCCAUCAUCAAUGCCCUCCCCGACCCCAACUACGCUACCCUGCGCGCCAUGACGCUCCACCUCUACCGCAUCAUGGACAAUUCGCACGUCAACAGGAUGAAUUCACACAACUUGGCUGUUAUUUUCGGCCCUACGCUCAUGGGCUCCGAUCCCAGCACGGCUAUUGCCGAUGCAGGGUGGCAGAUUAAAGUCAUUGACACGAUUUUACAGAAUACAUAUCAGAUAUUUGAUGAGGAUUAA